AGUUGGAAAGCUCUAAGGGGGAGAGAGAAGUGGGUGAUGGGAGGGCUUCUGCUACUAGGAAAGGCAGAAGCAAGGAGCGAAAGAGAAAGGGAGAGGGCUCAAGAUUUACUUCUAGGAGAGUCCCCCAGGCUUAGGGAGAUCUUAGGUGCAAACACAGAAACCAGAGGAUCAGCAGGGGAGGAAUCCUUCCCCAAAGGUGACUCCCAGCCAAGCCUCAAAGCCUGGAAAGGCCAGGGGGAGCUAAGAGCCAAAGGAGAGAGACUCAGGGGGCCUGGACUGAGGGGUUGGAGCACGGACUGGGACUAGGGUGGGCAGCCUUAGGAGGGAAGGGCUCCGAAUCUUCCUGGCGACUUUGUCUAUUCUGGCUGCCUGCCAAGCCCUUAUCCUGUUCCCCAGUGGUGAAAGGAUGGGUGACUCAUGGGGAAGAAAGGGGGCAACCACACCCUGACUGGCACUGGUCAGCAAGUUGUCAUCUUGCAGCCCUUCCCAUGGGGUGGAGAGUGUGUGAAUGAGUGUGUGCAGACUCAGCACCGCGCAGAGUGGCCAGGAGGGGAGCAGCCAGUCACUCUAGACUUCCAAGGGCUUGGGGGACCAUUCCACGCGCCUGAAAGGGGGUUCCCUUGGGUGCUGUGCACAUGACUGAAAUGGAGAAUACCUCAAUAACCUAUGACUAUGAGGAUUACAGCCUGGGUCCUCACGUGCCUGUAGACUGUGAUCCAGGUGGUUCUUGUGCCUCUCUGAAUCCGCUCUGGCUCUCUCCUUUGUUUCUCUAUGCUGUAGUUUUUCUAGUGGGUGUGCCAGGAAAUGUGAUUGUGGCCUGGGUGACGGGGGCCACAGCACGGCGGUCGGCCCCCUCCAUCUGGUUCUUGCACUUGGCCAUAGCCGACCUGGUCUGCUGCCUGUCCCUGCCACUGCUGGCCGUACCCAUCAUCCGUCAAGGAGAAUGGCCCUUCGGCUCAGCUGCCUGCCGCCUUCUGCCCUCAGCCAUUCUAUUCAACAUGUAUGCCAGCGUCUUGCUCUUGGCCGGGGCCAGCAUUGGCCGAUGUCUGGCUGUGCUUCGGCCCGGCAGGACCCAGGACCGCCUGUGGCCAGCGUGGGCAGGCAGCGGGGUUGCCUGGGCGCUGGCGCUACUGCUCACUUUCCCCUCGGUGUUGAUCCGACGACUUCACCAGGAAUACUUCCCAGAACGGUUGGAGUGCGUGGUGGAUUAUGGUGGGUCCCGUGGGGUUGAGGGAGCUAUAGCUGGCGUCCGUUUCAUUGGUGGUUUUCUUGGGCCGUUGGCAGUUGUGGCCGGCUGCCACGGAGUCCUGCUGAUUCACCUGCGAGGGCAGCCCAAGCCCCAGACCUUGCGUCUGUUGACCUUGGUUGUGAUUGGCUUCUUCCUCUGUUGGGCACCUUACCACGUGGUAGGGCUGGUGAUAGCAGCUGCAGCUCCUCACUCAGAGCUCCUGGCCAGUGUUCUCCAGGUUGAGCCCCUGGUUAUAGGUUUAGCGUUGGCCAACAGCUGUCUCAAUCCCACCAUAUUCCUGAUCUUAGGCCGGGCUCGGCUCCAGAAGUCCCUGUGGGCUGCCUGCCACCUGGCUCUGGGCGAGGACACGCAGGAGGAUGGUACAAACGGGCCCAGAAGUAGCAAGUCUUCUAGCGAAGCAUUCGUCUCAGAGAUGGUUUAGGUGGAAGACGUUUGAAUCUUAGCUUGACUGCUUGCUAAGUGAGUGACCUUGGCCAAAUUCCCAACACCUCCCAGUUUUCCACCUACAAAAUGAAGAGUCUGUGAAAAAGUUACCAAAUUGCACAUGGCGGCCAGGUCGGGGACAGAGGGCGAGGAGCCACGUGUACAACAAUAUAAAUAUUCCCCUACGUUAGUCAUUUCUGUCAUGGCCAAGAACUGGUGACAAACUAGGCAUAUUUCAGUGGGGGAACAACGGACCUGUCCUGCUGUAGAACCAUGAGAGGACUUUACUGUUUCAUAAGAAAUGAGGAAUAUGACAGAGAAAUAUGGAGUCAUAUAUGAACACGGUGAAGUGAGCAAUCAGGAGAACUAAUUCCUUAAUGGCCAGAAUGGUUGUUUGAGGGGAGAUAACUCUAAAGGAUUUCAGAAUUCUGGGGGACCAUGAAAUGAACCUUCUGGGAGGGUUUGGGGAGAAGGCAGAUAGUAUCAGAAAUGGGGAAAAAAGAAUCCAAAAUGCAGCCGAUGCUAUGUAUAGCUGCGGGCUCACUCUUGUAACUGCAACUGGACUAGCAGGGCAGGUCCCCAGAGAGAGGCUACUGCUUAUCCUUUCCUGAUUCCUUGGUAGUCUCAAAGAACUGGAACUUCUAAUAAAGGCUGCUCAUGAGCCCCCAUCGGGUGUUCCCCUGAAUAUCAUAUAAUCCGUUGUUAUCUCCUAACAUCAAUUAGCUUUUAGGAAGGGAUAUUUACCAAGAAGCAAGGACCAAAGUACAACCAUCCUUUUCCCUUCCCUCAAUCUCAAAAGUCUUGUUUGCAGCUACAUGGAGUAAGGAAUAGAGUGCUGGAAGUCUUGAGUUCAAAUUCCGCCUCAGAUAUUUACUAGCUGAAUGAUCCUGGGCAAGUUGCUUAACUUUUGUUUACCUCAGUUUUCUCAAGUGUAAAAUGAGGAUAACAAAAGUACUUACCUCCAGGGUUGUAGUGAGAAUAAAAUGAAGUGAUAUUUAUAAAACCAAAGUCUCUAGCAUAUAGUGGGUGUUGUAUAUAUAUAUAUAUAUAU